UGGAGCAGUUACUUGUGUGAGUGAGUUAUUCGAUCCGGAGGCACUGGUCUGAGCCCAGACAAAACAGGCUCAAGUUCAAGUGCAAGACCUGAACUUCUGGGAAGUCGAAUAUUUUGAACUCAGCUACUGGCUUCGAAUCACUCUCCUCGGCCGGUCCUUCUGAAAACACGAUCAGGCAAUGGAAUCCUCUGGCGCUCGGCCUCAGAACGGCCAGGACCUCUUUAUUUCUUUAAACUAUUCAACGACUGAAUUACGGGUGGAUUGUCAUAUUGGAACAAAGCAAAUAGUGUUUCGAUGACCCCCUUGUAAAGGGCUUUACACCUACAGGAGGAAUGCAGCCGUGAAGCCCCUGAAUGCCCUGGCCUUGUUGUUGCACUCUUGUGCUGGAAUGCAACCCCAACUCCCACACAAGCCCUCCAGACAAGGCGGCGGGGAGUCACGUUUCACCGUCGCGCACUUGAUGGUUUGAACUUUUGCACGCGUCUGCCUCUGAGGAAUGUCGCUCCUCGCAGACGACAGAAUCCACAAUUACAGAAGGCGGCGCAGCUAUGAACCGCUCUCACAGAGCACAGCGCUGCUCAUAACUUACAAUGGCGCCCAGUCAGUGCAGCUGGGGAAUCAAUUGGGGUCUGACUACACCUUCUGAGGCGCUUCAGCGCUGAAAUAAUACAGCAGCGCCAAACAGAUGUACCUCUUUCCACUUUGCUGUCGGUUACCAAUGUUGCCCUCCCUCUCUCUCUUUCUGCAAUCGUUGGGUUUACCAGCUCUAAAAACCGUGCACAGCUGGCCUGCAGCUACCUUGGGGGUGGGAGUGGGGGUUGGCGGUCAGGACUGUGCUGCAAAGAAUUAACGGUCAGGAAGUGCUCUGCACCUGCACACCAGCCAUCUCGUCCAGCACACCGAGCAAAGGAGGUUUAAAGCGACACGUCACCCCCUCUCUGGGCACAUUGAGAGAACACUUCCCAAAUCUGUGAGGUAGUCACCCUCUAUCGAUUUAUAUAUAAAGCAAAAUGAUGAAGUUAUUUAGUUAAUUUAGUGGCAUCCACCAAUGGCAAUGCAGAGGGACAAUGCCAUUCCAGCAAUUGAUUCCACGAUCGGAACACAUUCAUAAUCUGACAGGGAAGCGUUAAAGCCACACGUGAGGAAUUCUAUGGAACGGGUUACACUUCCAGAGACCACAGCCCUCUGCUUUGGGCUGCUUGUGUGGACCGUGGAUCAAACAUUUAGUGAUGAAAUUCAAUCGAUGAUUUAAACUCUGUUGGAACACUAAAAUGGGAGUUUCUCUGGCUCUAUCCUAAAAAUCAACAAAUUCUUGCAUAUUUUAAUAAUUUUACAACUGAGCUGAAAAAUUAAAAGACUGAGGUCUAUCACUCCUCACAGCCUUGACUCAUCCCAGAACACUACAAACAACGAAGUACUUUCACUUAUAUUCACUAUUGUAAGCAUUGAAGCUCCUGCAGAUAUUGGGCCUGGUUGUAAUUCAACAGUCAUGUGGAGUGCAAGUUCAAGAUGAAAGACUGUGAACUAUCGACCCAUGUUGGUGUUUCUCCCUCCACUCUUGGACCAUACACGAAUGUACAGACAGCAAGUCUUGACAACACGAAGAUGGACCCAGCAGAGAGAGAGAGAGCAGCUAACCCUGAGAUUCAAUGGUCAGCACUUGUUAAGACUUGGGCAAAGCACAGCAAUGUUACGCCACCUGCCUGCAUUCAGCCUUGCCUGAGAAAGUGGACCAUCAAGUUGACUGACACUGAAGACUUGUGAUGCCUGGGAUCUUGUCAGAGUCCAUGAUCUACAGCUGCACUCAAACUACGUUUGUCACGGGCAGUCGGUUCUCGCUCUUCAGAAUUCACCAGGUGGCCUGCGCUUCUAUAUCUCCAGGAGUGGGUUGGAAGAUGUGCGUCUUCGGGGUGCAGUUCUGUGAACAAAUCAAUUCCUCGCUGAUGUCACUGACUGAAGCGUCGCAGGGGAUGGAAACACUGAGAGAGUAGGCACAGCUGUCUCUCUCUCCCUUUUGAUAGUGAGUGAGAAUCUGUUGGCUCCGAGUCAGAGGAACUCAAAUAAUAGACAAUAGACAAUAGAUGCAGAAGUAGACCAUUCGGCCCUUCGAGCCUGCACCGCCAUUUUGAGAUCAUGGCUGAUCAUCUACUAUCAAUACCCGGUUCCUGCCUUGUCCCCAUAUCCCUUGAUUCCCCUAUCCAUAAGAUACCUAUCUAGCUCCUUCUUGAAAGCAUCCAGAGAAUUGGCCUCCACUGCCUUCCGAGGCAGUGCAUUCCAGACCCCCACAACUCUCUGGGAGAAGAAGUUUUUCCUUAACUCUGUCCUAAAUGACCUACCCCUUAUUCUCAAACCAUGCCCUCUGGUACUGGACUCUCCCAGCAUCUGGAACAUAUUUCCUGCCUCUAUCUUGUCCAAUCCCUUAAUAAUCUUAUUUGUUGCAAUCAGAUCCCCUCUCAAUCUCCUUAAUUCCAGCGUGUACAAGCCCAGUCUCUCUAACCUCUCUGCGUAAGACAGUCCAGACAUCCCAGGAAUUAACCUUGUGAAUCUAUGCUGCACUUCCUCUACAGCCAGGAUAUCCUUCCUUAACCCUGGAGACCAAAACUGUACACAAUACUCCAGGUGUGGUCUCACCAGGGCCCUGUACAAAUGCAAGAGGAUUUCCUUGCUCUUGUACUCAAUUCCCUUUGUAAUAAAGGCCAACAUUCCAUUAGCCUUCUUCACUGCCUGCUGCACUUGCUCAUUCACCUUCAGUGACUGAUGAACAAGGACUUCUAGACUUUGUAGUUCUCCCUUACCUAACUCUACACCAUUCAGAUAAUAAUCUGCCUUCCUGUUCUUACUCCUAAAGUGGAUAACCUCACACUUAUUCACAUUAAACGUCAUCUGCCAAGUAUCUGCCCACUCACUCAGCCUAUCCAAGUCACCCUGAAUUCUCCUAACAUCCUCAUCACAUGUCACACUGCCACCCAGCUUAGUAUCAUCAGCAAACUUGCUGAUGUUAUUCUCAAUGCCAUCAUCUAAAUCGUUGACGUAAAUCGUAAACAGCUGUGGUCCCAAUACCGAGCCCUGUGGCACCCCACUAGUCACCACCUACCAUUCUGAGAAACACCCAUUCACCGCUACCCUUUGCUUUCUAUCUGCCAACCAGUUUUCUAUCCGUGUCAAUGUCUUCGCCCCAAUGCCAUGAGCUUUGAUUUUACCCACCAAUCUCCUAUGUGGGACCUUAUCAAAUGCCUUCUGAAAAUCGAGGUACACUACAUCCACUGGAUCUCCCUUGUCUAACUUCCUGGUUACAUCCUCAAAAAACUCCAAUAGAUUAGUCAAGCCUGCUGUACCCUUGGUAAAUCCAUGCUGGCUCGGCCCAAUCCUAUCACUGCUACCUAGAUAUGCCACUAUUUCAUCUUUAAUAAUGGACUCUAGCAUCUUCCCCACUACUGAUGUUAGGCUGACAGGUCGAUAGUUCUCUGUUUCUCUGAGCAGCAACUCUGAUAGCCCGCCGCUGUAGCCCGCCCUGCAAGUUCCUGGGAAACGCCAGGGCCAGCUGCCGCUGAUGGCUACGGCGGCUGGCCAUCGGGAAAGCCUCCUGUGUGUGGGACAAGUGGUCGGGAUGCUGUUUUUUAGUCGACACCGGUGCCGAGAUCAGCGUCUUAACUCCGACGAGUUACGACACCCGCAGCAGGGCACCGGGUCCCCCCCCCCCCUGAGGGCCGUGAACGGCAGCACCGUAAGGACCUAUGGCACCCGUCAGGUGCAGCUACAGUUCGGCUCCAGCCAGUUCACAUGGGACUUCACACUGGCCGCUGUAGCCCAACUGCUUCUGGGUGUGGAGUUUUUGCGGGCUCACAGCCUACUGGUCGCCCUGCCCAGGAAGAGACUGGUACACGCCGAGACCUUUCAGACGUUCUCCCUGGGUGCAGCGCAGUUGCCAGCCCCUCACCACGGCUCCAUCACGCUGUCCGACAACGACUUCACCAGGGUCCUGGCGGAUUUCCCAUCGGUUCUGGCACCGCAGUUCACAGCAGCCAUGCCCCGACCCGGCGUACAGCACCACAUCCCGACCCAGGGGCCACCCCUCCACGCCCGCGCUCGGCGGCUUCCCCCGGACAAGCUCCGACUGGCGAAGGAGGAGUUCCAGAGGAUGGAGGAAUUGGGGAUCAUCCUGCGGUCCGACAGCCCCUGGGCUUCCCCCCUGCACAUGGUGCCCAAAGCGACGGGAGGCUGGAGACCGUGCGGCGACUACCGCAGGCUGAACGAGGCUACCACACCGGACCGCUACCCCACCCACCAGCAUUUUGACCACAUUCAUGUGGAUAUCGUGGGCCCCCUGCCAGUGUCGCGCGGAGCGCGGUACCUCCUCACUAUCGUGGACCGGUUCACAAGAUGGCCAGAGGCGGUCCCGCUCACCGACACCACCUCCAAAUCUUGCGCCCGGGCACUGAUCGCCACCUGGGUGUCCCGCUUUGGUGUACCGGCCCACAUUACCUCCGACAGAGGCGCCCUGUUCACUUCCCAGUUCAGCUAUGGCCAGCCUUUUGGGGACACAACUGCACCACACAACUGCCUACCACCCACAGUCAAACGGCCUGGUGGAGCGUUUCCACCGUCACCUGAAGUCGGCUCUCAUGGCCCGCCUGAGAGGAGCCAACUGGGUGGGCACCCAAAGACGAUCCGCACACCCCGUCGGCUGAGUUGGUGUAUGGCGCACCCCUGGUCGUCCCCGGGGAGUUCAUACCAGCCCCACGGGGGCACGACGAAGAACCCACAGCAGUCCUGGGCAGACUACGCGAGAGGCUCAGCAACCUGGCCCCCAUACCCACUUCGCAGCAUGGGCAGAACCCGACCUGCGUACCCAAAGACCUGCAGAACUGUGUUCCAGACUUAAGUGAGCAGCAACUGAGGUGGCAUCUGCUGUGGACCUGUUGUGCCGUAGGCAAAAAUGGAGCAGAUCCAAGUUACUUCUCAGGCAGGAGUUUCGUCACCAGCCUCUCACAACACUUCACCUCUGUGGAUGUCAGUGCUGCUGGAUGAUAAUCGUUGAGGCAGGUUAUCACAUUAGUUGUAACACUGAGCAUUAGUUCUCCUAGCAGGGUGCCAAAGCCACAUGGUUUCUGCUCGAUCAGUAUGAGAGGUAGCUGAAUAUAAGAAGCUAUCUGGAUAUGUGUCUCAAGAAAGUGUAAACACAUACUGAAAGCCCUUCGGAAAACCCUUACAAUCAAGCUGGGUUUGUGAACUAGCCCGUGGAACUCUUGCAGCCUCCAGCAAAGGGGAAGACAUACUGUUACUUCUAUAAUUUAUGCACACUGUCCAUUGGCAACAGUAAAGUUGAUCCCGUGCUUCAAGUUUUACCUGCGGACAAUAAUUGAAACCAAGUAUUGUUAAUUUAAAAUGAGUGUCAUUGUCAAGCAUUAUCAUACAAAUUUCAAAGUUAUCAUUACCAUCAGACUGAAUUUUUAAAAAUUUUUAACCUUGACUGUUUCUGUAUUGUAUUUCACAGUAAUGUCCUUAAUGUGAUAAAGUAAGUCUACCUUUGUGUUCUGAAUACCAAGCUUAAUGUGCUUAUACAUUCUGCAUGUACAGUAUUGUUUUUCAAUUCCUCACAUUCACAGAUUGUAUGAAAUGUAAUUAUCAACCAUUCUUCAAUUCAAGGUUAAGAUCUACCUUGUGUUGUCCACAAAGACUGUAGGAUUUCAAGUAGACAUAGAGGUUUCCUUUAUCUGGCCCAGGCCUCCCAAUCCCAGGCUCAAGCAGAAUGUGGAUGCACAGAGCACAAUUCAGUGUCUGAAGCUCAGACAUUUCUAAGUGUGAAUCCACCAAAGAGGGAUAAGAAGAUGGUGGCCGGGGCUUAAUUCGCCUACAUUAUGUUAGUCACUUUAUGUACAAGCACUCCUGUGCCCAGUGUCACUUUAUGGACAUACAUUCAAGCCGUGUAUAUAAACUAUCUUAUCGAUUUAUAUUUAUUGUGGGCUGGCUGGUGGCGCAGUGGCAUCAGCGCUGGACUUUGGGGUGAGAGGUCCUGAGUUUGAAUCUAGCCGGCUCCCUUGGACGCUCUCCAUCUGUGGGGCGAAUGGUUGCAGAGGGAGAGUAUUUGAGUAACUGAGCAUAGUUAAAUUACAAGUUCCAUAGUUAUGGAAAGGGGCAAGGAUGGAGCAGGAGUCAAAAUUCUCGGGUGGGUUUGAAGGAAAAUUUAAUGACACCUAUGAAAACUGGUCCAGAAAUAAGUUACUUGAAGGUAUAUCAAUAGAAUAUAACUGAAUGCAACUGAAUUAUGCAUAAAUAUAGACUAUUAUCCUUCAUAAAUCUAGACCCCUUGGAUGUUGAGGAAAAUAUAAGGUUAAUCUAGUGUGGCAUGGUAACACAGUGGUUAGUGCAACACUUCACAAGUACCAGCAAUGUGGGUUCAAUCCCCACCUUUACCUGUAAGGAGUUCACAUGUUCUUCUUAUGACUGCAUGGGAUCCCUCCGGGUGUUCCAGUUUUCUCCCACAGUCCAAGGACAGACCGGUUAGUAAGUUAAUCGUUCAUUGUAAAUUGUCCUGUGAUUAGGCUUGGUUAAAUUGGGGAAUUGCUGCGCGGAUUGGCUUGAAGGGUGAAAAGGCCUAUUUUGUGCUGCAUGUCAAUAAAUAAAUAACAGAAAGCAAGAGAAGCAUAUUUUAAAUACUGAGCGGACACCUCUGCAAAAAGCCCAAGAAGCUGCAAAGGUUAAAACAAAAUGGAAAUUAUGAACCUAAAGAUGAGGAAUGAGAAAAUACAAGCAGGUAAAAUUAAGGGAAGUCCCGAAAUCCUUAACGAAAAGAAUAAAGAAAUCUAUUAGCCAGAGUGCAAAAAAAGAUAUAAAUAAUUCAAAGUGUUUGCCAUUGAGAAGGAAAAACGCAAAGCACUGUAAAUGAAAAACACACAUAGAAAAGCAUUAAAAGGGAUCAGCAUUUUUAGAAAAAUUGAGAAAAUCACCAGGUUCGGAUUAAGUGGAGCUUAGACCAUUAAGAGGCAAGGGAAAAGGAAGAAAUAGUAUUGGCUCCGAUUUCUAUUUUCUAAUCCUUGUUCACAUGAUGCUGAAGGACAAGACUGCUGAAGUGAUAACAUUGUUUGAAAAAAGGGGAAGGAGAUAGCCUGACUACCCUACAUUGAUAGUCGACAAAUCACUGGAAGAAAUUCAAUGAGUUAGCAGAUCUCAGCGUUUUGAGAUUGAUCAAUAGCAAUCAGCAUGGAUUUGUUAAAGAAAACCAUGUCUCAUAAACCUGGUUGAACUUCUUUUUCAACAGUUUAGGUAAAAAGGAGGCAAUGUCUUUUGAUCAUUUGAUGGAUUCUAGUAAAAGUGUUAUAUUGAAGUUCCAGGUAUUGAUCAGGAAAGUAAAAAUUUUGGAAAUUCCAUGAAAAGUGUCCAGUUGGAUUAAAAAUGGGCUUUAUGAGAAAACAAUAAGGUUAACAGUUGGUAGGAAUUUUAAUGUCUCAAGGAGGUGUGCAGUGGAGUCUACUGAACUUGUUAUUAGGUCCCUUGCCUUUUGUGGUUUAUACACAUUGUCCCUUUGUUUAGUAUAUCUGUACACCUACUCAGUAAAGGAAAUAUCUAAUCAGCCAAUCAGGUGGCAGGCACUCAGUGCAGACAUGGUCAAAGUUUCAGUUGUUGUUCAGACCAAAUAUCAGAACGGGGGAAGGAAUGGGAAAGUGUUUUUAACUGUAGUGUGAUUGUUGGUGGCAACCAGAGUGGUUUAAGUAUUUUAGAAACUGCUGAUCUCUUGGGAUGUUCACACACAGCAGUGUCUAGAGUUCACAGAGGAUGGUGUGGAAAGCAAAUAAAAGUAUUCAGUGAGUGUCAGUUCAAUGAGCUUUAUAUUAAAUACUGAGAAAACAAUGCUGCAAAAAGCCUGAAGAACACAGAAGAUGCAAAAGUUAAAAUAAAAUGGCAAUUAAAUGACAUGGAAAUCCAGUGAGUGUCAUUUCUGUCAGCAAUAAUACCUUGUUAAUGACAGAGGUAAGAAGUUAAAGAAGAAUGGCCAGAUUGGUUCAAUCAGACAGAAAGACAACAGUAACUCAGAAAGCACAUGUUACAACAGUGGUGGUGUUGUACUCUUGUACCUAAUAAAGUGGUCACUGAGUGCAUAUCGAUAGCAUGAGCUUAAACAGAGGUGUCAUGUUUGGGGAGUAUGUCCACUUUACCAAAAUUGGCAACAUUAUUGAUUGUGCAGAAGACCAUUUUGUCAUAGGGAUAAAGCCUAUGGAUGCACAGUAGCGUAAUCGUUAGCAUAACGCUUUACAGUACGAGCGACUGUGUUCAAUUCUCACCACUGCCAGUAGGGGGUUUUAUCGUUCCUCCCAUGGCUGCAUGGGUUAUCUCCGGGUGCUCCGGUUUCCUCCCACGUACCAGUUGGUAGGUUAUUUGGUCAUUGUAAAUUGUCCCAUGAUUCGGCUAGGAUUAAAUUGAAGGUUUGCUAGGAGGUGCAAUUCGAAAGGCCUAUUCCUCACUGUAUUUCAAUAAAUAAAUAAAUUAAUUAAGUGUACAUAAAAAUGACAGAUGGAAUUCCAUCCAGAGAUGUGUGAGGUGAUGCAUUAGGAGGGUAAAGUUGACAAGCCAAUAUGCAAUAAAAGAAAACUGCUUCACUUGACUACAAGGUAGUGUAGAGGAACAGCAGGAUUUUAGCAUUGGUGUCCAAUAGAGAGCAGAAAAGACAGGUAAUAUAGUCAAGGCCAUAAACAGGACAUAAAAUACCUAACGUAUAUUGGAGAAGGGGGAUUAAAUUUUAUGCAUAUUGUGCAAAAGAAAAAUAGUGCUGCUGUUGCACUUCCUUUACUGCCAUUAAAUCCUUUACCAAACCUGAUCUCAGAGCUGAAAACCUGAGUCAGGCUUUUUCCGCCAAGUGUAAUUCAACAGAAUUGAUGCCACAGAGGUCAUUAUUAAUAGCAAUAGGUUGGGCAGCAAUUUACAUUGCUGAAGUCAAACAAAACUGCUGGAGGGAUAACAUUGUUUAAAAAAUGUAUUCAUUAAAAUGUUUCAUUGGGAGCAGAGUCCAUUACUAGGGAUCCACAUACCCCAAAACUUCACGAUUUAGCCAAGCUUAGCACUUCUCAACCCUUGAGUAAUUGGUGAUUUUAUUCUCAGAGUAUGUAGUCCAAUGCGUUGUAUCAAUCCUACCUAGUAUAAUAAUAUUUCAUGCGACAGGAAAUUAAAACUAAAAAGGGAACCAUUAUUUGUCUCAACUGGAAUAUGCUCCAAAAUAUGCUCAAUGCAGAAGAGUUUUAAGGUGAGCUCUUCAAGUGAGGUUAGAAAAUCAUCCAAGUUUCACAUUGAUAAAGUACAGUAGGCGAUCCCUAUUUAAAUCCGCAGCCCAUACAGAGAGGCAAAAUGACAACACCAAUUGCCAAAGAAGGAAGAGUAGGCACAAUUCAAUAUACUCACCUAAUCUUUUAAAAUACUGUACGUUGAUAUCUCAAACAUCAGGAGUAAUAUUAUUUCAUCCCAGUGUGGGAAAAUUCAGGCGAUCAAAAAGGAGAUACAAUGGCACACAUUCAAUAUCAUCAGCAUCCAAUGUUCCCCUAGAUAGCGAAGUAACCAGUCACUGUGUACUUCAGUUUUAGUUGAGAGCAAAGUGUUUUUGAUAAAGCAUGCAAUUAAGCACAUUAAUGGGUUAGCCCACGGCACUGAAGGUAGUGACCUAUGGAAAACUUUCAUCUUUUCAUAGGAAUGAAUGAAUAAAGGGAGCAUUUUAGUUAUGAUUGUCCCCAUAGAAUAUAUCUUUUCAUGGGAAUGAAUGGAUAAAGGAACACUUUAGUUAUGAUCGUUGCAAUAUAUUGCAGCAAAGGAAAAUGUACUCUGACUUGCUGCUCAUUCUAAACAUUGCAAAGGGAAAUUAUCCACAUACUGUACUUCUCAUUGCUGUGUUGUACCCAUCACCUGUGCCUAGUGAAUAGGCAAAGAUGCACACAGUCUGUGUUAGGAAAGAGAGAGAGAGGGCUCACUAUGUCACCAAAUAACAGCUGCAUCUGGCCAGCGGUUUCAGUGUGCAAGACAAGGGAGAACUGUGAGGCACCAUGAAUGACAUCGCUUGUAAUAUUUUGGACCAUAUACCAAUUCAGACAAAUAAUGUUUCCUUUUAUAGUUCUAACUCCCUUUUUUGGCUCAAUAAAAUAUAAAACUUUCUUUAUUAUGUUGGGUGGGAUUGACAGUGAGCAUUGAGCAGGAUUACACUGGGCUUCAGAAAUGCCAAGGUUAAGCUGGGAAAAUCUGGGCCACACAGAACCUAAGCAAUAAGCCUGGUGGGCUGUGUUUCUAGUAAAUCUCUGCCGAGUUAAGAGUUCUGAGAUAUGGAUGCACUACUUC